UCCUUUCAUUGUUUCCAAACCAAACAAAAUAAAAACUUGUCACAAACUCAAUUACUACAUCAUCAAAACAAGUGACAUUUGAUCUCUCUGAUAAGAUGAAAAUGAAGGCAAAUAAGAUAUGCAUUUUACUAAUUGGGAUACUAUUUAUAAUCGUUUCGAUUGCGAAUGCUGAUUCGUCUGCACAAGUAUUGGUGAAGAAGGUGAAGGGGAAGAAAGUGUGUGAUAAGGGUUGGGAAUGUAAAGGAUGGUCAGAGUAUUGUUGUAACCUUACUAUCUCUGACUAUUUCGAUACAUAUCAGUUUGAGGAGCUUUUUGCAAAGAGAAAUACCCCGGUGGCUCACGCUGCAGGUUUUUGGGAUUACAAGUCUUUUAUUACAGCCUCUGCCCUUUACCAGCCUCACGGGUUUGGUACGACCGGUAACAAGACUACUCAGAUGAAGGAGAUUGCUGCGUUUCUUGGUCAUGUUGGCAGUCAAACUUCUUGUGGUUAUGGAGUGGCAACCGGAGGACCCACGGCAUGGGGAUUAUGUUACAACAAAGAAAUGAGUCCACCCCAUCUUUACUGUGACGAUUACUACAAGUACACUUACCCUUGCGCCCCUGGAGCUGGAUACUAUGGUCGUGGUGCUUUGCCCAUCUAUUGGCAAUACAACUAUGGGAAAAUUGGUGAAGCUCUGAAAGUAGACCUUUUGAAUCACCCUGAAUACAUCGAACAGAAUGCUACAUUGGCCUUUCAGGCUGCAAUCCACCAAUGGGUAACCCCACAGAAGAAGGGCCAACCCUCAGCCCAUGAGGCGUUCUUGGGCACCUGGAAACCCACCAAGAAUGAUACUCUAGCCAAAAGACUUCCAGGGUUUGGUACCACCAUGAACAUCCUCUAUGGUGAUCGAGUAUGUGGAAAAGGCGAUAUUGAUGACAUGAACACUAUCACCUCUCAUUACCUGUAUUAUCUUGAUUUAAUGGGUGUUGGCCGUGAAGAAGGUGGGCCUCAUGAGGUGCUGACAUGUGCAGAACAGGUACCCUUUAACCCCUCAGCUCCAACCCAAUCAUCUUCGAGGUAAGUGCGUGAAAAAACACAAUGUUCUUGGUUAUGAAAGAUGUUGAUGUGAGAUUUACAAGUUGAAGCCAUAAUAGUGUGCAGCCGUCUAAGUUUGUGGAAUGACUUCCUUACCAAUCCUCUGUCUAUAGACUUGAAAUUUGAUUCGUGAAUUGAAGCAUGUUCUAUCGAUGUAGUUUGUGAAUUUUGAUGUUUUAUGAACUACAUACAUCGGUGUUAUAUACGAGUAUAUAUUGUCUAAA